AUGAUGUUCUCUUUGCAAGGAGUCCAGAUGCUUCAGAUGCUGGAGAAGUCCUUGAGGAAAAGUAUUCCUGAAUCCUUAAAGGUCUAUGGGACUGUCUUCCAUAUCAACCACGGGAAUCCAUUCAAUCUAAAGGUCCUGGUGGACAAGUGGCCAGAUUUUAAUACAGUGGUUGUCCGCCCUGAGGAACAGGACAUGACUGAUGACCUGGACCACUACACCAAUACUUACCAGGUCUACUCCAAUGAUCCUAAGAACUGCAAGGAAUUCCUCGCCUCACCAGAUGUCAUCAACUGGAAACAGCAUUUGCAGAUCCAAAGUACACAGUCUAGCCUGAAUGAGGUUAUACAAAGUCUUGCAGCCACUAAAUCCUUCACGGUGAAGCGAUCUCAGAACCUUCUCUUUAUGACGCCUCAGACCACAAAAAACCUAGUUCCUUUCUUGCUGGAUGAAAAGAACUUAUCGUCCAAGAAUGGCAGACCCAAGGCCAUCAAUGAAGAUAUGUUUAAACUUUCAACCCCAGAUGUCACCCUUGCUCCGUUAGUGAAUAAAUUUUGGCUUUUUGGUGGCAAUGAAAAGAGCCACAAGUUCAUUGAGCGCUGUAUCAAGAACUUGACCACCUUCUGUCUCCUGGGGCCUGAGGGAACUCCUGUGUCCUGGUCUUUGAUGGAUCAAACUGGAGAGCUAAGGAUGGCAGGCACUCUGCCCGAGUACCGCGGACAAGGCCUUAUCACCUUCACGGUCAGUUACCACGCCCAGACUUUGGAAAAACGGGGGUUUCCCAUCUAUUCUCACACAGACAGGAGAAACAAAAUCAUGCAGAAAAUGAGCUAUGCAUUGCAUCAUGUCCUCAUGCCCAGUGACUGGAACCAGUGGAACUGUGUACCUCUGUGA